CCCGCAAACCUAUGCGUUUUUGUCCGAGUUGCAAAGACAACGCCAGCUCUAGAAGCUCACUAUCCAACAACAACAACAACAAUAACAAUAAUAACAGCAAGUCCAAAAACAGCAGCAGCAGCAACAGCAACACGAGCUCCAGUGACAACGAAGAGGGGUUUAUAGAACCAAAGUUUCCCAUCAGUCAGUACGAGUUUAUUGAAGGACGCAAUUUUCGACAAUUGAGUGGAGCUUCUCCAUUCUUACCCUGCGAUGACGAGGAAAGCGAACGGUUGCAACUAAAUUAUCUAUUGUUCAAAACUGUUUUUAAAAAAACGCACUUUCCGCCUAUUGAAGAUGAUCUGAAACGAGGCAUUCGCGUUCUCACUGUCAGGAUUGGACCUGGACAUUGGGUCAAAGAUAUGGCAGAAACAUAUCCAAAUUCGCAUUUCACAGGCACUGAUGAGGUCAUUUAUCCGAUCAGUGAUCCGCCGCCCAACUGUCAUCUGAGGAUAGCCAACGCAGCCAAAGGGCUUCCAUUUGCAGACAACACGUUUGACUAUGUCGCCCAACACGAUACCAUUCUCACAUAUACCCGAGAAGAGUGGGACAAGGCUAUUGCUGAAUUAGUUCGAGUGUUAAAGCCUGGCGGAUGGCUUCAACUGGUGGAGACCAGCGGGAUUCUACAGGACGUCGGUCCAAAUCUGUCAAUAUGGUUAAUGCGAGUGACAGUCUCACUUCAAACACGCAACAUCCAUCUGAAAUUCGGUCCUAAGCUGCACGAGGUCCUUGAAGCACAUAGUGGCGUGACAGACGUUACCUACUCCCAUCGCUCCAUUCCCAUCGGUUGGCUGGGCAAAUUGGGUGAUCUUGGGCUUGAAUGUUUGGAGCGCAUGUUUGACUCAAUGAAACCGAGGCUGUGUGAUGACUGGUCGAUGAACUUGCAAAAAUAUGAAAAGAUGGCACAGGCAGCGGCAAAAGAGUGCCAGGAAUUCAGGAGUUGGACAAAUAUCCACUAUGCAUAUUGUAGAAAGAAGCUUCCUAACGAGGAUGAAUAAUUUUGUAUUGACACGCCCACUUGUAUUUCCUUACCCUUUCAUAUUAUAUAUGCGCUCAUACACACUUGCACACCCUAUACGUAUACUACACGACAACAACUGUACUGAUAUCACCUGUUACUUAUUCAUAUA